GGAAGGUGAACGUCACUGUCACUGCCAAGGCCCUGCACUCCAAGAAGCUCUGCGGCACCGAGAUGCCCGUGGUGCCAGCCCAGGGGCACGUGGACACCGAGACAAAACUCCUGAUGGUGCAGGUGAGCUUCCACCAUCCUCUCGCCAGGAGCAGAGCUGCACCCAAAGCGAUCAUCCCUGGAGUGGAGCAGAGCAUCUCCUCAUCCCUCGGCCAGGCUGGACGGAGCCUGAGUUACGUGGUCAUAUCCCCAGCUGUGUUCUACCACCCCCACACAGCAGUGCUGUGGGUCCAUCUCAGCGGCCUCCAGGAGCCCGUCCAGGUGACCAUUGAGCUGCAGAGAGCAGAUGGGACCCAUAACAUCACCCUGCUGGAGAGGAAGGUCCAGGAGCCUCACCUUUACCUGAACAUCACCUUCCCCGCUCCAGCCCCCUCCAAAGGGAAGGAAGAAAUCAUAGACCUGCACUUCACAAUCCAGGGAAAUUCCCUGGAUGUCUUCAAGAAGAAGGUGAUGCUGAGAGCCCUGGAGCCUGGGAUCUUCAUACAAACAGACAAAGCUGUUUACAAGCCUGGACAGCAAGUGAAGCUUCGAAUUGUCUCUUUGGAUAAAGAUUUCACUCCCAGCAAUAAGAAGCUGCCUAUCGUGUUCCUGAAGGAUCCCAGCGGGAACCGCAUCGCGCAGUGGCAGGAGGUGAGCCCACAGCAGGGCAUCGUGGACCUGUCCCUCCCGCUGGCUGCAGAGCCGGCCCUGGGCACGUACACCAUCGAGGUGGAGGGGAAGAGACACUCCUUCAGCGUGGAGGAAUAUGUGCUGCCCAAGUUUGAGAUGACCAUUGAUCUCCCUGCUGUGGUGCUGGAGAACGACAAGAAAUUCCGGAUGAAGAUUUGUGGACGGUACACCUACGGGAAGCCCGUCCAGGGGAAGGUCCAGGCCAGCUUGUGCCAGCCCUUCAGGUACAUCGGGAUGCUGUACAGACUUCACGGUGCCCCUGAGAAAGAGAUGAACUGCUUCGAGGUUGGCGGGCAGACUGAGAAGAACGGCUGCUUUUCAACAGAGGUUUUGUUGUCUGCCUUCAACCUGACCAGCUCCAUGUAUCAGAAGCAAUUCCAAGUCCAGGCAUCACUGGUGGAGGAUGGGACAGGGCUGGAACUGAAAAACACCAAAAGCUGCCAAAUUUUACCUGAAAUCCUCACUGUCACCUUUGAAAACACUGAUGAUUUCUACAAGCCCGGCAUCCCCUACACUGGGACGAUGCUGCUGAAGAGAGCCAACGGUGCCGUGGUGCCGCAGAAGCAGCUCGUGCUCAUCGUUAGCCAGCAAGGAAAAGCUACGAGACAGACCUUCCUGACGGACGGAUCAGGGAGAGCCUCCUUCGAGCUGGAGACCUCUGGUUGGAGCGACAUGGUCUCCCUGCAGGCUGAAGUCAACAAGACAGCUCACACCCAGAAUGAUGACUCGACAUUCAUCUACGAAAAUGCCUACAUAUACCUCAGCCCCUUCUUUUCAGCAAGCAGGAGCUUCCUGUGGAUCCACCGGCUGGAGAGCGAGCUGCCCUGUGGCCAGCCCCAGCAGCUCUGGGUGCACUACAUUUUCAGCAAGGAGGCCUUAGGGACUGAGCCGCAGAGCCUGGAUGUGGUCUUCCUGGUCCUGGCCAAGGGGACCAUUGCCAACAUCCUCAGGAAAGAGCUGCCUGCAGCGGCUGGGAGGGCCCGAGGGCUGAGCGGCUCCUUCUCCCUGGAGCUGCCCAUCGGCCCCGAGCUGGCGCCCACGGCCAAGGUGCUGGGCUACGUAGUGCUGCCCAACGGUGAGAUGGUGGCUGACAGCACUGAGCUCCAGGUGGCCAAGUGCUUCCCCAACAAGGUGAAGAUGGCUUUUUCGGAGGACAGAGCUCUACCUGGCUCGGUGCUGCGGCUGGAGCUGGAGGCUGCCCCGAGGUCCCUGUGUGCCGUCCGUGCUGUGGACCGCAGCGUGCUGCUCUUGAAGUCCGAGGCUGAGCUCAACGCGGAGGCGGUCUACAAAGUACUCCCUGAAUUCGACUACCCUGGAAGCAUUCGAGACCCACCACACUGUUCAACAUUUUCCUGGGACUAUCCCCCCGACUUUGAUAUCCCUGUCAUCCCAUUUGUAUCGAGACGACGAGAGUUCUUUCGCCCUCUAAGGAGGUAUCACUUACCUUCCCCUUUUUGGAUGAAUCCCCAGAUGGACACCUACAAGUUAUUUCAGAACGCAGCACUGAAACUUUUCACCAAUGCCAAGACCAGCGAUGUUUGCAAAGAGAGGUUCAGCUACCGCAGGAUGGCGGGUCCCCAAGGUCCCAGAGGUGGCUUUGAUUCCUAUGGUGUCACCUAUUUGCGGAAAGAAAUCGAUAUCCCAGCAGUAAACCAUGCUGUCACAGAAGUAACGGGGCGUGGUAUCCCAGUCGUCACUGCCCAGGAAGAGCCACCGGCACCCCGGACGUAUUUCCCAGAGACGUGGCUGUGGGACCUGGUCCCCAUGGGGGACGGGGGCUCUGCGGAGGUGGCAGUGACAGUCCCUGAUGCCAUCACCGAGUGGGAAGCCGGGAUGUUCUGCACAUCCCCGUUGGGUUUGGGGCUGGCCCCUGCCACCACCCUCACGGCCUUCAAGCCCUUCUUCGUGGAGCUGGCGCUGCCCUACGCCGUGGUCCGGCACGAAGCCUUCACCCUCGUGGCAACCGUGUUCAACUACCUGCGGCAGUGCCUGCGGGUUCAGGUGACUCUGGCGGAGUCGGCGGAGCUGGAGGUGUCAGCGAGUGCAGACAAGGUGUACAGUAGUUGCAUCUGUGCAGACGAAGCGAGGACAUUCCGAUGGGGCAUGCGAGCCACCAGCCUGGGGGAGGUGAACAUCACUGUCAGCACCGAGGCCCUCAGCUCCAAGGAGCUCUGUGGCAACGAGAUGCCCGUGGUGCCAGCCCAGGGGCGUGUGGACACCGUGAUAAAGCCCUUGCUGGUGCAGCCUGGUGGGAUCCUGGUGGAGAAGGCACACAACUCCCUGCUCUGCCAGGAAGGCCAGGAGGAGCUGGGCAUUUCCACUGUUGUUGCCUUCCAUCCCACAGUCACUGAAGAAAUCUCCCUGGAGGUUCCUGCAAACAUCUUGGAGGGCUCCCAGCGAGCCCAUGUCACUGUGAUGGGUGACAUCAUGGGCAAUGCUCUGCAGAACCUGGACCGCCUCCUGGCCAUGCCCUAUGGCUGUGGGGAGCAGAACAUGGUCCGCUUCGCCCCUAACAUCUACAUCCAGCAGUACCUGGAGAAGAGUGGGCAGCUGCACCCCGACAUCCGUGCCAAGGCACAGGGCUUCCUGCAGAGCGGGUACCAGCGAGAGCUGCUCUACAAACACAACGACGGCUCUUACAGCGCCUUUGGGAAGAGCGAUCCUGAGGGCAACACCUGGCUGACGGCGUUUGUCCUCAAGUCCUUUGGGCAAGCCAGAGCCUACGUGGCCAUCGAGGAGCGGCACAUCACGGACGCGCUGCACUGGCUGCAGAAGCAGCAGCGGAAGACGGGCUGCUUCCGCAGCGUGGGGAAGCUCUUCAACAAUGCCCUGCAGGACCCCAAGGUGAGCUCAGCCCUGCAGUGCCUGGAGGCUUCGAACACGGAUGACCCCUACACACAGGCGUUGCUCGCCUACGUCUUCGGGCUGGCGGGGCGCAGGGAGCAGCAGCAAACCCAGCUGCAGAGCCUGGCCCAGCACAGCGUCAGCCCAGAGGGGCAGCUCUACGGGCAGAGGAAGGGGAAGACUCUGCCCCCCUCGCAGCCGUCCUGGGCUGCAGCUGCGCCGGCGGAGGUGGAGAUGACCGCCUACGUCCUCCUGGCCUACCUCUCCCAGCCCCAAGUGUCCUCUGCCGACGUGGGGACCGCUUCCCGAAUCGUCCGCUGGCUCAGCAAACAGCAAAACCCCUACGGGGGCUUUGCCUCCACACAGGACACCGUGGUGGCCCUGCAAGCCCUGGCCAAGUACGCCGCCCUGACGUACAGCAGCAACGGGGACUUCACGGUGACGGUGACGUCCCCAACAGGCACCACGCAGGACUUUGUGCUGGACAACAGCAACCGGCUGGUGCUACAGCGGGCAGCUCUGCACGAGCUGCCGGGGACGUACAGGGUGCAAGCCCGCGGGCAGGGCUGUGCCCUGGUGCAGGUGACCCUGCGCUAUAACGUGCCCCCCCCUCCAAGCACGGGGAUGUUCGACCUUCACGUGGAGACGGAGCCCGGGAAGUGCACGGGGGACGCCAGCGCCCGCUUCCGCCUUCUGGUGAAGAAGGUGGAGGUGCAGCCCGACCAGGUGACAAUUUACCUGGACCAGCUGACAAAGGAGGAGGAGGCUUUUGCCUUCACCGCCACGCAGGACUUCCCAGUGAGGAACCUCCAGCCGGCCACCGUGACGCUGUACGACUACUACGAGACGGGUGACCGGACGGAUGCUGCCUACAGCGCACCUUGCAGCUCAG